AUGGUCCUCCCCAUGAGGCCGCUGUGCUUGGUGCGCGGAGUCCCGGCGCUGCUCUACACCUUGCGGUCCAGCUGCCUGGCCGGGAGGCACAAGGGCAACGUCAGUUUCCCAGGUGGCAAGUGUGACCCGGCUGACCAGGAUGUGGUGCACACGGCCCUGAGGGAGACCCGGGAGGAGCUGGGCCUGGCUGUGCCCGAGGACCAUGUGUGGGGUGUCCUGCAGCCCGUAUAUGACCAGGCAAAGAACACCGUGGUGCCGGUGCUCGCUGGAGUGGGCCCGCUGGAUCCCCAGAGCCUCCAGCCCAACCCUGAGGAGGUGGAGGAAGUGUUUGCACUGCCCCUGGCCCACCUGCUGCAGGCGCAGAACCAAGGCUACACCCACUUCUGCAAGGGUGGCCACUUCCGCUACACAAUGCCUGUCUUCCUGCACGGGCCACACCGCUUCUGGGGCCUCACCGCUAUCAUCACCGAGUUCACCCUGCAGGUUUUAGUACCUGGCGCCUACCAGCCCCGCCUGGAUAUCCCUGGCGUGGAGGCUCCGGGGCUGAAGACUGGCCCCAGGCAGCCCCUGCCCUCACCCUGCCAGGCCAGCGCCACCUCAGGACUGAAUAAAGAGCCUUUACCAACUCUUGGGCAACUGCAUCUUCUGUGCUAG